CUUGUUCGUCUGCCGAAGCUUGAAAGCCAGAGGAGAACCAUCGCCCCAAUCCGCCGGUAGAAACCAGGAGCAAUCCGCUUCAGGGUUCUUCGAUCCUUGAAGCAAGCAACGCGUCCCCCUGAUCUGAGGCGAUCCCGAUCCGAAAGGUUGGCUUUUUACGGCUAUUCAUCCCUGAGGCGUCGGAUUUGGGGAGGGUUUUGUUUUGGGCGAUUUGGUCGAGUUCCGGUUGGAAUUGACGGGGAGACUAGCUGUUGACGACCAGCCAGCAGAUCGUGUUGCGCUUGCGAGGGAAGUGGGGUCUCUGCUUUCGCGAGCUGAUGCCAUCUGGUGCCGAGAAAGAGAUGGUCCUGUGUUUUGCCAUCGGGCGUUGGAUUUGCAUAGAAGAGUAGGCGAAGGAAAAGGUUGGGGUUUUUCAUUUUGGGAUAGCAGAUUGAAUUACGACACAUGUUGACAACUCAAACGUGGGCUUAGAUGAGAUGAGGGAUGUUAGCAAAAUUGAUGAACCUAUUGAAGGCCUGCUGGCAGCCAUCAUCAAACCAAUAUGCCCAUGCAGGCUCUGACGUGAUCGGUCGGAAGGAUGGGCUUCUCUGGUACAAGGACAGUGGACAGCAUGUGUACGGUGAGUUCUCCAUGGCCAUGGUACAAGCCAAUAACUUGCUUGAGGAUCAGAGCCAACUUGAGACAGGACCUCUGAGCUCAGUUGAAUUUGGGCCGUAUGGUACUUUUGUGGGGGUUUAUGAUGGGCAUGGUGGUCCAGAAACUUCAUGUUAUGUCAAUGAUCAUCUCUUCCCGCAUCUGAAGAGAUUUGCAACAGAGCAGCAGUCCAUGUCAGCUGAUGUAAUACGGAAGGCAUACCAAGCGACAGAGGAGGGUUUCAUCUCCCUGGUGACCGAACAAUGGCCUGUAAAACCUCAGAUUGCAGCCGUUGGCUCAUGCUGUCUGGUUGGGGUAAUCUGUGGUGGUAUGCUAUAUAUAGCUAAUCUCGGAGACUCCCGUGCUGUUUUAGGCAGAGUUGUCAAAGCAACUGGGGAAGUUUUGGCUGUGCAAUUGUCAGCAGAGCACAAUGUAGGAAUCGAGCCUGUGCGACAAGAGUUGCAGUCAAUGCAUCCGGAUGAUAGACAAAUUGUUGUUUUGAAGCACAAUGUUUGGCGUGUGAAGGGCCUAAUCCAGGGUUUGGUUGUCUUUUUGAGAGCAAAAUACAGCACACAAAAGGGUGGGUUGCAUGAAGAUCUAAUUGCCCUUCAAGGUCUGGCACAACCAGAUGUCAUUUCAGUUACUGGAUCAAUACUUUGGGUUUUGACAAUUGAUGAUAAUCAAGGGCAGCAGAUCUCCAGGUCAAUUGGUGAUGUAUACUUAAAAAGGACAGAGUUUAACCGUGAACCAUUACAUGUGAAAUUCAGACUUCGUGAACCUUUCAAGAAACCUAUAUUGAGUUCAGAACCAUCAAUUACUGUGCAACCACUACAGCCCCAAGAUCAAUUUCUUAUAUUUGCAUCUGAUGGACUUUGGGAGCAUCUUAGUAAUCAAGAAGCUGUUGAUAUUGUUCAAAACAACCCUCCCAAUGGAAGUGCUCGAAGGCUUGUCAAAGCUGCACUUCAAGAAGCAGCCAAGAAACGAGAGAUGAGAUACUCUGAUCUCAAGAAGAUCGAUCGUGGAGUACGGCGGCAUUUCCAUGAUGACAUAACUGUUAUUGUUGUGUUCCUGGACUCCAAUCUUGUUAGCAGAGCCAGCUCAUUGAAGGGCCCCUCCCUGUCAUUGAGAGGGGGUGGAGUCAAUGUGCCAGCCAACUCUCUUGCACCCUGCACCAUGCCAACCCAACUCGGUGCCUCCUGAUAUAUUCCUCUCAGUUCAUUAAUUAUGUGUGUGAAAUUAAAUCAGACCAACCUCCAUGAUCUUGCCCUCACCAGCAUCAGUCGAAAUAGGCUCAAGGACAGAUACAUCUGUUUUAACCUAUUAUAUUGUGCCAAUUCUCAUGCAAGAAUAGUUCAUCUGUGUAUUAUGCUUAUAAACUUGGGAGGAAGUAAUGUUUCAGAAUCAACAAUGAAGGACCACCAAGGCAACAGUUUUCACUACUCUAA